AUGUGAAACUGUCAAAUACUCAGGUGGUUAUGUUUUGAGGUUAUAUUAAAAAAUAAAAAAAUAUAUUUUCAAAUUUAUUUCAUUUUGAGUGUUGUAAAUUGUGAAUAUCAAAAUGGUACGCCAUAAUAAUCAGUUACCUAACAAUUUGACACAGCUUCAAAACCUGAUAAAAAGGGAUCCUGCAUCAUACAAAGAAGAAUUUCACCAGCAACUAGCACACUUUGAAACAACAUUGGAAAUCUUCAAUUUAAAUCCAACUCAGUACAGUAAAAAAUUGGAUGAACAGGCAAUGUUUUUGGCGCAAGUUGCGCAGUGUUAUUUGAAUGAAAUGAAACUAUUUCCACAAAAGAUUGUGGAUGUUUUAAAGAGACAUAAUACAGUCCUGCACAAUGACAUGAGACUUUCCUUAUGUAAAUGUCUUAUAUUACUAAGAAAUAAAAAUUUUAUCACCCCAUUUGAUUUAUUGGAAUUGUUUUUUCAAUUACUAAAAUGUCAAGACAAGUUCUUGAGAGAAUUUCUCAAAACUCAUAUCAUAACAGACAUCAAAAAUAUUAAUAUGAAACACAAAGACAUGAAAUUUAACUCAACCUUACAAAACUUCAUAUUUUCCAUGCUACGGGACUCUGAUACAAGGUCUGCUAAAUUGUCCAUAGAUAUUCUCAUAGAACUUUAUCAAAAGAACAUUUGGAAUGAUCAUAAAACAGUGAAUAUUAUAGCUGAUAUAGGCUGCUUCUCUAAGGUAAUGAAGGUUAUGGUGGCUUCUUUGAAAUUUUUCCUUGGAAAAGAUGAAGAAGAAAAAGAAGCUUCUGAUAGUGAUGACGAAAUUGAUCCCAGAGAUACAAUGAUUUCAAAUAAAUUCAAUAAAAAAACAAGAAAAAGAGAAAAAAUGGUAGACAAGGUUAAAAAGAUUGCAAAGAAAAUGAAAAAGAAGAAGCAAAAAGCUCCUUCAUUUAAUUUUUCUGCUCUGCAUUUGAUAAAUAAUCCCCAAGGAUUUGCUGAAAAGCUUUUUAAGCAGUUGGAGACUUCAAAUGACAGGUUUGAAGUCAAGUUGAUGACAUUGGAUGUAAUAUCGAGGCUGAUUGGGUUGCAUAAUUUGUUUUUGUUUAACUACUAUCCAUUUAUUGCUAGAUUACUUAUGCCACACCAGAGAGAAGUUACAAGAAUAUUACAAUUUGCAGCACAGGCUUCCCAUGAACUUGUACCCCCUGAAGUGGUAGAACCAGUAAUGAAAGCAAUAGCAAAUAAUUUUAUUACUGAAAGAAAUUCAACUGAUGUUAUGGCUGUUGGUUUGAAUGCAGUUAGAGAAAUCUGUUUAAGAUGUCCACUAGCUAUCGGAGAAGAUCUUCUGAGAGAUUUAGUGCAGUACAAGAAUUAUAAAGAAAAAUCUGUGAUGAUGGCGGCCAGAUCAUUAAUUCAACUUUACAGACAGUCAAUGCCUGAACUAUUACAUAAAAAAGAUAGAGGAAGACCAACAGAAGCAUCUAUAGAAGUAAAAUCUAAGAAGUAUGGUGAAAUAGAAGUAAAGGAUCAUAUACCUGGUUCAGAAGUAUUAUUAGAAAAAGAAACUAUUGAACCUAAAAAGAAAAAUGAGAAGAAACAUAAGAAAGGUAAUGGUUCUGAUAGUGAAGAAUGGAUAGAUGUUGCAUCUUCAGAUUCAGAAUUAGAAAUAUCAACAGAUAGCGAUGAUACAGAUGCAGCAGAUGAAACUGAUGAUGAAAGUGAAGAAGCCAAUGAUGCUGAUAAUGAUAAUGAAACAGAAGAAAAACAAAAUAAUGAUACUCUUACGAGUGAAAGAAAAGUUUUAAAAGCUAAAAGAAAGGCUAAUCCUGAACAAGAGGACAAAACAAAACAUGCCCGUGAAAUUGCCAUGGACACAAUAUUCACUGAUGAAGACUUUAAACGAAUUGAAGCAGCACAAGCUAAGAAACAUGUGAAAGGUUUAAAACGUAAGAGUGUUGUUGAGGAAGAAAAUGAAGAUGGAGAACUUGUACAAUUGUCAGCAAUUGAAAAUAUUCAUAAGAAAAGAAAGCAUGAUAAAAGUGCUAGACUUGAAACUGUUAUGAAGGGUAGAGAAGAAAGAGAUAAAUUUGGAUACAAAGAUCGAAGAAAGAAUAUCCAUUGUUCAAAAACAAACAGGGAAAAACGUAAGACUAAAAAUUACCAGAUGGUUAAACAUAAAGCCAAGGGAAAAGUUAAGAGGUCCUUCAAAGACAAACAAAUUGCUUUCAGAAAUUAUCUGGUUAAGCAAAAGAAAAUGCGAUAAUAUAGUUUUUUUUUUGUAAAUCAUAAGAUUCAUGUUAUUUUAAUUUCAAUAAUUACUUAUAUUAAAAAAAAUCUUCAGUUUUAUUUAAAUCACCUUAUUACAAUAAAUAAAAUUGAAUUGAUAAAUAAUAAUUUCGUCCUAGAUGGGGACAUUCCCUAUAGACAUAAUUGGUUUUUUAGUCUGUCUACCUCCCAACUUGGAAAAUAGAAAAGAUUUAUUUUCAAAAUUGGAUCACUUAUUGACAUAAUAAAAAUACUUUUAUUUUUAAGCUUUUAACUUAUAUCUACUACUGCUUUCAAAGAAGUGGUGGAACAAACUACACUGCAGCAUUUUCACCAGAUGUCAGUUCACGUGGAUGAAUGCUCAUUGUCUACAUAAAGGAGGCUCUCAAUCUGAACAGUCACUUACGUCAAGAAAUCAUAAUUUGCAGAAACUAAGGGUUAUAACCUAAGCUUAAUUUAAUAUUUAUUUCACAUUUCUGGAGUAGCCCAGAGUGUACCUUAGACCAUGAUCCUGGAUUAGGUAUGUAAAGAUUUUACAUGAAUGACCCAAGAACUGGUUCAGGUUUUUCAUAACCUUUCACCAGGAUGUCCCCAAUUUGAUUUUGUUAAAUUUCAGUAUUCUGUGUUUCUGUAGUAAAUUGUAUUAAUAUUAUUACUGUAUUAAUUUUUCAACAAUGUAUUAAUUUAGGUUGGUCAAUGAAAAAUUACUUAUAUGACAACAUUUUUAUUAUGUACAAAAAAUAAACACAUGGACCAGAAAAUUGUUCUGAAAAUUGGUCUUGAUUGUGCUUCUGCUAAAUAAGCUGAGCUACUCAACACACAGUCCAAGCAGUCAAGGUCCCAGGAUUAGCCGCUUUAUCUAUACUAUAGGUCUUUAGGGACUUUUCAUUAAUGUUGUGUAAUUUGUGGAUA